GACGCGGGAAUUAUCGUUUGGCUGAAUGUCAUUGACGUGUCUGAAUGUCCAACUCGUUCUACUGAGUUAAAUAAAUUUUCCAAACUGUUUGCUGAGCUAAUUAUCCUGCGAUGGAUGUGCAGGAGCUGAAUAUCCUCGGAAUCAUUGGAUUUGACGGGAGAACGAAAAAUGCUCUGCAUAUCCAUCCUGAUGGUGAACAUCUUGUUUAUUCGAUGGGGAGCAAAGUUACCGUCAGAAAUAUUGAUAAUGGACAUCAGGAUUUCCUCGCUGGACACACGAACGUCGUCACCACGCUCAGCAUUUCACGGUGCGGUUCCUUCAUCGCUUCGGGACAACUCACACAUCUGGGGUUCAAGGCUGCUGUUAUCAUAUGGAACUUUGAUGGAAAACAGAAGAGGGGAAGUUACGAAAUUCAUAAGGCCAAAGUUGAAGACGUCUGUUUCACCUGCGAAGGAACUUUUCUGGUCAGUCUAGGAGGCAAAGACGAUGGCAAUAUCGUAGUCUGGGAUGUUUGCAAUAAUUCAGCAAUAUGCGGUGCCUACGCAAGUACCGAAAUAACCGGCAACGCAAUAACCCUCGCCCCCCUGAAUCAUCGAAACCAAUGCUUCAUAACCGGUGGAGAAGAGAACCUGAAGGUCUGGCGGAUAAACCCAGAGUCUCGGAAAGUCUACGGGGUCCCAAUCAAAGUUGGCAAACUGCGGAGAUUCAUCAACUGCAUCACAAUAGACGAGAAAGACGAGGAGGCAUACUGUGGGACCUCUACGGGAGACAUCAUCAGAGCUCGUCUCAACUAUGACAUCGAUUCUACGAAAAUGGAACCAGCCCAGCCUCCGGUGAUGGUCGGAUGCUACUCCAAAGUCUCGACGAAUCCGAAGAAAUUGAAAAUGGGAACUGGGGAUUUAUAUUCUGGGGGAGUUACGAAUAUUGUCAUUCUUCCUGGCAGGAAAAUUAUCGUAGCCACUGGGGAUGGAACGGUCGAGCUCGCUGGGAUCCUGGAGCACCCCUCGAAUACGUGUAAAGAUGGGGUCAAGCUGCCCACAACUCCGCAAUUACGACCGAUGAUGAAAGCACGUGUCGGAGGCUCGGUGACAUCCAUCGUAAGGCACGGAAACAACUCGUUCAUAGUUGGAACGUCUUUCUGCGAAAUUUAUCAAAUUUGUUUGACAGACUUCACACCGAGAAUUACUUUGACUUGUCACAUUGACGCAGUUUACGAUAUUGCAUUUCCUCACAAUUACUCUGAGAUCUUCGCAACAGGAAGUAAGAACGAUAUUAGAUUAUGGCAUUUAGAUACGCGAAAGGAAUUACUCAGAAUUACUGUACCCAACUUCGUAUGCACCUGCCUCUGCUUCUCGUACAACGGAAAAUUGAUUAUAUCUGCGUGGAACGACGGAAUAGUCCGAGCCUUCAAGCCCCAGAGCGGAAAUUUAUUCUUCGCUAUUGAGAAUGCUCAUGCCAAGGCAGUGUCAGCUCUCUGUCUCACGAAGGAUGGAAAGACACUGGUGACGGGGGGCUGCGACGGCCAGGUGAGAUUCUGGAGAAUUUUGAAAAAUGUUCAGCAGCUCAAGGCCCUCCUGAAGGAGCACAGGGGACCCAUUACCGCCCUACACGCCUCCCAGAGUGAUGAGGAGGUCGUGAGUUCGAGUACUGAUGGAACUUGCAUCAUUUGGGAUGUCACGAACUGCUGCCGAAGGCAAGUCAUGAUGGGAAACACAAUGCACAUGUCAUCGCGCUUUCACCCGAGCGGUCUCCAGAUAUUAACCUGUGGUAGCGACCGUAAGAUCGCCUACUGGGAGACCCUGGACGGCUCCCUGAUUCGCGAAGUUGAGGGUUCAACAGUGGGAGCCCUAAACUGUCUCGACAUAAGCCCCGACGGUCGUUACUUCAUCACCGGAGGAAGUGACUGUCUCCUGAAAUUCUGGGACUACCACCGGGCGGAGAUGAUGUACGUGGGUGCAGGUCACGCGUCCAUAAUCACAGCCUGCAAAUUCGAUUCAGAAGGAACUCACAUCGUGAGUGCAAGUGCAGACGGUGCUGUCAUCAUCUGGCGGAGUCCGAUAGCCCUUUCCCUGGAUUCUGCGAAGAGUUCGAAGCCCUCGAGAGCUUCGAAAUGCUCCAGGGAAUCUAGGGAUGUCAAGGAGGAGAACAUUGACAGGAUCAGUCAACGAUCUGGGGCUGAAAGUGUCAGGACAGUUCACGAGAGUAAACAUUCUGAGGUCUGCGAGUAUGAUCCGAUAAGGCCUGCCCAGGACAGCUGCAGGUGUCGAGAAGAGAAGAACGCCCCAGACGAUCGAGAGCAUUCUGCAAUGAAGAGGAAUGAGUCCCUGGGAGAGGCCAAUGGACAGCGAUGUCUGCAGAAGAGUGAAAUGUGCCUGUCUACGACUGGUACAAGGGGCUGA